CAGUCAUAGCUGUUAAACACCUGACACCUGCCUUCUUGUCCUCCGAUCUUCUCUCAGUAGAGUCUGUUUCUUUCUUAUGUUAUUCUUCCUCUUCUUUUUCAAGGUGUUUCUGGCAAUGAUGGCUCCCCAGCAGGUGCAGCAGCUUCUGUCGCCCAACCAGCUGCAGGCUCUGAUUCAACAGAAGCAACAAGCUCUAAUGCUUCAGCAGCAACACUUGAAAGAGUUCUACAAGAAGCAACAACAACAGAUUCACCUGCAGCUGCUUCAACAUCAGCCCAGCAAGAAGGUUAAAGAGCUCCCAGCACAGCAGCUUGUGUUCCAGCAACUCCUUCAGCUCCAGCAGCAGCUUCUGCACAGACCAACCCUGUCCUCCCCUGCCCUUUCUCCAGGUGCACUUUGCCCUGCAGAGAUGCAGCAGCUAUGGAAAGAGCUCACCAAUGAACUAACUGAGGAGAAAACCUCCUGUAAGGUCAAGCAGGACUCUGCUAACAACCCAAUGUCAACAAAAGUCUCAAAGAAAGUGAAGGCGGACCAGCAGCAGACUUCUCCCCCUCGCAGGGCAGAAUGUGCUGUAAAAGCUGACCGCACUGCUACACACGCUCUCUACACUCACGGUGUGUGCAAUUGGCCUGGAUGUGAGUGGGUGUGUGAAAACCUCAGCCAGUUUAUCAAACACUUAGGCAGUGAGCAUGCUCUGGAUGACAGGAGUACAGCACAGUGCAGAGUCCAGAUGCAGGUGGUUCAGCAGCUUGAGCUUCAGCUCUGCAAAGAACGAGAUCGUCUGCGAGCGAUGAUGGCUCACCUUCACCUGCCGUCUUUAGAAGCUCAGUCAAUCUCUGCACCGGCGCGUCUGCAGUCACCACAAUCUGAUACGGCUGCUGACCCACGUGAUCUGCAGCUCGGUUCAGUGUCAGUCACAAACAGCCUGUCCUCGCUGAGCCCGUCACACUCUGCCCAGGUGUCUCCCCAACCUCUGGGACGGGUCAGCACUCCUUCCUUGGCUUGUGAGGAAGAGUCUACUCAGACGUCAUGUAUCGGGGCCAUGAGACAUCAUCAUCACCCACUGGCUUACCUGCUGUCUACAGAAAAUGAGUACGAGCUCUACAGGAACACAGACAUCAGACCACCUUUCACCUACGCAACACUGAUACGACAGGCGAUCAUGGAGACAUCAGAUAUGCAGCUCACACUGAACGAGAUAUACAACUGGUUCACGCGGACGUUCGCUUAUUUCCGCCGAAACGCUGCCACAUGGAAGAAUGCAGUGAGACACAACCUCAGCCUGCACAAGUGUUUUGUGCGUGUGGAGAACGUGAAAGGCGCCGUGUGGACGGUGGACGAGGUGGAAUACCAGAGGAGGAGAUCCCAGAAGAUCACGGGGAGUCCAUCACUGAUCAAACACGUGUCCUCCAGCCUGAGUUUUGGGACUGUCCUAAAUGCUGGAUUGAAGACAGCACUGGCUGAGGCUUCUCUGCCAGGAUUGAAGAGGGACUGUGUUAACAGAAACUCCAAGAGUCAGAACAAAGGAAUGAACAGGCACAGCAUCCAGCAGUCUCUUUUCCUUAAAGAUGAAGCUCUGACUUUGACUGACCAAGGAUCUCUGAUGGCGACAGUCAAAGCAGCCGAUCUGCAGGACGAGGCCGAGAAUGAUGAGGAAGAUUUUUAUGAACUCGAAUGACAAAAGUUCGGUUCAAACUUAAAACAGUCGACUGCAAAGACAAAGAGAUGUAUCCCACUGUUUAUUGUUUUCACUUGAGUUUGUUGUCUAAAAAUCUCAAACAAAUUACAAAUUAAUUUGGUCUAAUUAAUUUAAAAUUGGCACCAUUCAGAGCAGUGAUUGGUUAUAUGGUUUAUCCACUCACACUCUCAGAUACUAAUCUGAAUUUGUCAUCUGUGAAAGACGACGUCAGCAGGACUUGUCUUUUGAAAAAAUAUUUGAUCCUCUAGGAAAAAGAAGUGAAAUAUUAUUGUGAUCAGUUAAACAUUACAUUUCUUUUACACUAACAGGCUCAAUGUUUGAUCAAGGAUUGAAAUGUUUCCGUUAAAGGUGCAGUGUGUAAGUUUAACGGCAUUCAGCAGAGUAGAUUUGGUAGAAAUUAAAUAUAAUUUCUUAAAUAUGUUUAAUUGAGUUUAUGAUCACCUGAAUAUAAAUCACAUUGUUUUUGUUCACUUAGAAUUAGUCUUUUAUAUCUACAUAAGGAGCGGGUCCUCUACCACGGAGGCCGCCAUCUUGAACCACCAUGUUUGUAGGACAG